ACCUUAAAAGCCAGAUUGGCUGAAAUCUUACCUGAAAAGGCCGAAGAAGUCAAGCAAUUAAAGAAAGAACACGGCAAAACCGUACGUCAACUAUGAAGUGAUACCAGCCAUCAAUCGGGCGGAAUAGGGGUCAAUGUGUCGACAAAUGAGCCACAUGGCGUGUCUUGAUGGUCUUGAUGGUAUCGAUCGUCUAGACAGCCCAGUCUCGUUGUUGCCCACACCCCAGCGGCAAAUGGAGCAUGCUCCCUUUUCCCUCGGCGCUCAUUAUUGGAUGAGCCUCGGAUGAUCCGGUGAAAGAGUACCGAGGGCCGUGUGCAGUCCGCAAGAUUGUGUGGGGGAGGGGCGCGCUCGACUCCGAGCGCCCCACCGGAAUAUUUUCAAUACUAACUAACAGGUCAUCGGUGAAGUUUUGUUGGAACAAGCCUACGGUGGUAUGAGAGGUAUCAAGGGUUUGGUCUGGGAAGGUUCCGUGUUGGACCCAAUCGAAGGUAUUAGGUUCAGAGGUAGAACCAUUCCAGACAUCCAAAAGGAAUUGCCCCACGCUGAAGGUGGUGCUGAACCAUUGCCAGAAGCUUUGUUCUGGUUGUUGUUGACCGGCGAAGUCCCAACCGCCACCCAAACCAAGGCCUUGUCCGAAGAAUUGGCCGCCAGAUCCGCUUUGCCAAAGCACGUCGAAGAAUUGAUCGACAGAUCCCCAUCCCACUUGCACCCAAUGGCUCAAUUCUCCAUUGCCGUCACCGCUUUGGAAUCCGAAUCCCAAUUCGCCAAGGCCUACGCCAAGGGUGUUAACAAGUCUGAAUACUGGAAGUACACCUACGAAGACUCCAUUGAAUUGUUGGCCAAGUUGCCAAACAUCGCUGCCAGAAUCUACAGAAACGUCUUCCACGACGGUAAGUUGCCAGCUGAAAUCAACCCAUCCUUGGAUUACGGUGCCAACUUGGCCGCCCUCUUGGGUUACGGUGACAACAAGGAAUUCUUGGAAUUGAUGAGAUUGUACUUGACCAUCCACUCUGACCACGAAGGUGGUAACGUCUCUGCCCACACCACCCACUUGGUCGGAUCCGCCCUCUCCUCUCCAUUCUUGUCCUUGGCUGCUGGUUUGAACGGUUUGGCCGGUCCAUUACACGGUCGUGCUAACCAAGAAGUCUUGGAAUGGUUAUUCAAGUUGAGAGAAGAAUUGAACGGUGACAUCUCCAAGGAAGCCAUUGAAAAGUACUUGUGGGACACCCUUAACGCUGGUAGAGUUGUUCCAGGUUACGGUCACGCUGUCUUGAGAAAGACUGACCCAAGAUACACUGCUCAAAGAGAAUUCGCUCUUAAGCACAUGCCAGACUACGAAUUGUUCAAGUUGGUUUCCAACAUCUACGAAGUCGCUCCAGGUGUCUUGACCAAGCACGGUAAGACCAAGAACCCAUGGCCAAAUGUGGACUCUCACUCCGGUGUCUUGUUGCAAUACUACGGUUUGAAGGAAGAAUCUUUCUACACUGUCUUGUUCGGUGUUUCCAGAGCUUUCGGUGUCUUGCCACAAUUGAUCUUGGACCGUGGUUUGGGUUUGCCAAUCGAAAGACCAAAGUCCUUCUCCACUGAGAAGUACAUCGAAUUGGUCAAGAACAUCAAGGCUUAGAUUGAUCCCAUCUUCACUAUAACGAUCGAAAAGAGUCUCAUGCCUAUUUAUCCUUUAUUUAUUAAGUAAAAUAUUAUUUAUUAUCCAGUUUACUGGUGU